AUGGACGGGGUGGUCAGAAGGAUUUCCAACCGGCUUGGAACAAUGCCAAAGGAAACAACAGAAAUGAUUUCCCAAGCACUCAAGGAUCCAUCCUAUCAGGAGAGACUGGUUGAGAUUCUUGGAUAUGAGAUGAUGGAGGAAGUGGAGAUGAUUUGUGCAAACAAAGAGUACUUUGUUUCUCAGGAAGAGGUAGAGGACCACGGCUUUUAUGUGGAGUACAACUUUCCAGAGUCCAUUCCCAUAGAGGUUGACUGUUCAGAGAUUGUUAGUACAGAUGUGAUGGGGGGAUACAAGAAGUACUUCGACUACAAGAAGUUCAACGGGGUCCAGUCAAAGGUGUUUAACUCGGCAUACCAGAGCGAUGGAAACAUGCUGGUCUGUGCACCAACAAGCUCUGGAAAGACAGAUAUUGCAUUUCUAUGUGUUCUCCGGGCACUUGGUAAGGGAGACAAGGUUGUUUAUGUCGUUCCGAUGAGGGCAUUAGCAACAGAAAUAGCAUCGAAGUACAGAAAGAAGCUUGGAGAGCAAAGGGUUGUGGAGUACACUGGAGACACAGAGAUAAAGACAGAAGAUGUGGCAAGGUGCGAUGUCAUAGUGUCAACACCGGAGAAAUUUGAUGUUGCAACACGAAGACAAUGCAAUGUAUUCCAGAGCCGUGUUGGGCUUGUUAUACUUGACGAGGUUCACAUGCUCCAGGACGAGAGGGGGCCUGUUUUAGAAGCGAUUGUAUGCAGAGUGCUUAGGUAUGUAGAGCUCCGCCAAAGACCCAUACGUGUUGUGGGGCUUUCUGCCACACUCCCUAACUAUGAGGAUGUGGGAAGGUUCCUCAGGGCCGAGCAUGUGUUCAGCUUUGACCAAGGAUAUAGACCUGUUCCACUGAAGAUGCAAGUUGUUGGAAUGAAGAAGAGGAGCAAGCUCCAGCUCGAGGAUGAGUUUCUAAAAAAGAAGGUGGAGAGAUAUCUGAGUGAUGGAAAGCAAGUUCUGGUGUUUGUGCAUUCCAGGGGAGAAACUUCUAGGACAGCAAAGCUUUUGAGUGAUGAUGGAGAAAGAAGAGAUGUAAAGGGAGGAGUAGUGGGAGGAAUACUUUUGGAACUGGCUCGAAGGGGGGUUGGGAUACACCAUGCUGGACUUCCUCGGAAGAUAAGACUGUAUAUGGAAGAUGAAUUCAAGGCAGGGAGGCUAAGGAUAUUGGUUACGACAUCAACCCUGGCAUGGGGAGUCAAUCUUCCGGCAUAUGCAGUGGUGAUCAAAGGAACCAGAUUUUAUGACUCUUCUCAGGGAGGAUUUAGGGAUGUAGGCAUUCUGGAUGUAUUACAAAUAUUUGGAAGGGCUGGGAGGCCUCAAUUUGAUUCCAGGGGAGAGGGAUGUCUGAUAACGACAGGGGACAAGAUGGACCAUUAUGUGUCUCUCCUCAAGAACAGCAGGGAUGUGGAGAGCAGGCUGCUUCGACAUGUUGCAGAUAUCAUGAACGCAGAGAUAUACCUGAACACGAUUGAGGAUGUCAACACGGCUGUGGAAUGGCUAAGAAGUACUUUUAUGUAUGUCAGGAUGUCCAAAAAUCCUAUGUGUUACGGAUUGAGUAAAGAAGAUUUGUAUGAUGAAUACAAGGCCCUGUCGGAUUAUGCUAUUCUUACAUGUAGAAGGCUAGAGGAGUGCUCGAUGAUAAGAAUACAUAGAAAAAGGAUUGGAGACUUUCAAACAUGGAGAUUCUGUAGCACGGAGUAUGGGAGGAUUGCCAGCAUGUAUUAUCUAUCUCAUGAAACCAUGGAGAGGUGGCUGAGGGAAAUAGAAGAUAUAUAUGACGAAGACUCCAUACUUAGGCUUUGCUUUGAAGAUAGGGAGCUUUCGGUGCUGGGAUGUAGGGAAGAAGACGAAGAAAGUAUCAAGGAGCUUUGUAUGGAGGUUGGAGUUAAAUACGAGGUGUCGAUAGGAUGUAAGCUGAUGGUUCUUGUGAAAGCACAUAUCAAAAGACUCCCAAUCCAAAGGUUUUCACUUGCAUGUGACAGUGAGUAUGUUGUCAAGAAUCUCCGGAGGAUUCUGAUGGGGCUAUGCCAGAUCCUGAUAUUCCAAUGCAAGCAUCUAUUUGUUGCAAAAUGUUGCAUACUAUUGAAAAGAAUAGAAAGGCAAAAGGAAAAGCCUUGGGAUGCCAACAACAGAGUCGAAGUAGAUCUUUUCCGAGUUCUUGGAAUGGUUAGAAUGGAAGUUUCCCUGAAGAUGAAAGGGGAAUAUUGGAUAUUUGUAUGGGAUGGAGACUCUGCCAUCUACUCGGGUCUCUUUGCACAUCGAGCAAAUUUAUUCAUCAAAACAAAGUGUGAUGUGUUGAGGAUUGAGAUUGUUGCACGAGAUGAAUGGGCAAGAACAGAGGAGAGAUGCUGGGUUAGCCGAGACACAAGUACAAGAUCAUUGUACCAUAACGGUGUCCAUGAGUGUGAUCAAGGAUGGUCUUUGGUAGGAGAGAAGCAAAGCUGUUCCCAUUUCUGUGUGAUAAAGUCGCUUUCGGAUCUUUCCGAUAUGAUGGAUGGAUGGAGAUUGGACGGAAUCUCCGAGCCUGGAAGAUUGAUUAUGACAAACAGAAGGAUUAAUUUUUCGAGUAUGAGGAAGGGAGACAUAAGCAUAAAAGGGUGGGAUAAGAGAGAUCUAAGGGAUGCUCCUGGUGUGAGUGUGGGCUACUUAAUGCCCGAGGUUCCGCCGAGAUAUGUUAAGUAUAUUUUGUGUGAUUUUUCUCUUCGGAUAAAAUUUGUGCAAAUCGACUGCAUGCUGUUCAGGGAGAGGCUUCAGCUCAUGAGCUCCUGUAUCACAUUCAUGGAUAACUACGAAAGCAAGAAAGUUGUCAUAGUGGCACCAGACACAAGUGACAUGGAAAGAACAGCACAAGACCUCGAGACUAGAAUGACUCUGAAGAGUUUGUCUUGUGGAAAAUGUGAUGUGAAAGUAAGGCGUGGAAGACCUAUGGCAGGAGACACAGGGAUAUUUGUAACUGCAUUUGAUAGGAGGUUGGAGAUACAAAAGGAUUUCACGGUGAUUUUCAAGGGAUGUUCCAAUUCCAAUGGAUAUUUUCCUAUAUUUGAGGUUUUGAGGAUAUGCGACUCGAGAGAGGCGCUUAUAUAUGAAGGAAGGGACUAUAUAGAGUAUUUUAAUAGCUGUGUACUGAACGGGGAUGAAGAAUGA